AUGGGAAGUACAAAUAACACAGAUAAGCCUGACUUCAUCCUUGUGGGAUUGACAGCUUCUGGAGAGGUCCAAUGGGUCCUCUUUACCCUGUUUCUCCUGAUAUACCUGAUUACUGUGCUGGGAAAUGCAGGGAUGGUACUGAUAAUUCACCUGGAUCCCCAGCUUCACACCCCCAUGUAUUUUUUCCUCAGUCACCUGUCAUUCCUUGACCUAAGUUACUCAACUGUCAUCACACCUAAAACCCUAGAGAACUUACUGGCUUCUAACAAGUAUAUUUCAUUCAUGGGCUGCUUCACCCAGAUGUCUUUUAUUUUCUUAUUGCGUGUCACUGAAUUUUUCCUUCUGUCUUCAGUGGCCUAUGACCGCUAUGUAGCUAUCUGCAAUCCUCUGAACUACCCAUUUGUUAUGUCCUGGAGAUUCUGCUGUGUCCUCAUUACUGGGUCUUAUGUGAUUGGCUUCACUGAAUCAUUAGUCAACAUUGUUUACAUGAUCAGUUUACAUUUCUGCAAAUCCAAUAUAAUCUAUCACUUCUUCUGUGACCUAAUCCUGAUUUUAGUCCUGUCCUGCACUGACACUCGUGACAUUGAAAUCAUGAUAUUCAUUGUCGCUUCCUUAAACCUAAUGGUAUCUCUUAUCCAAAUCUCUGUGUCCUAUGGGUCCAUUCUGUCUGCUAUCCUGAAAAUUAAUUCCACUUCAGGAAAGCGCAAAGCCUUCUCUACUUGUGCCGCCCACCUCAUGGGAGUCACCAUCUAUUAUGGCACUAUGAUUUUUACUUAUUUAAAACCAAAGAAGUCCUACUCCUUGGGAAAGGAUCAAGUGGCUUCUGUGUUUUAUACUAUUGUGAACCCCAUGCUUAAUCCACUCAUUUAUAGUCUUAGGAACAAAGAAGUAAAAAAUGCUCUCAUUAGAGUCAUGCAGAAGAGAGAGAGCUGCAGACAACUGAAAUGA